CCUUCCAUAAUUUGUGAAAAACAUAGUUUUUUUUCUUAUUUUUAGCUAAAAUCAUGCUUCCAUGUAGGAUUUCAUGAUUUCGAUCAAUUAUUAAACUAUCCAAGAUGGAUACACAGAUAAUGGUGGAGUCGUUACCCCUUUUGGGGACGUGUAAUUUGUGUUUAAACCACGGUGCUGUGAAAAGCAUGCUGAUCGAAUAUAAUAACGAAAAUUCAGUCGAAUUAUACACUGAAAUGCUUGUCAAAUGCUUUUCUAUCGAUAUAACCCUAUUAGAUCUUGGUGACAUGAAAAGGCAGAUCUGCGAUGGCUGCAUUGGCAAGUUGCGUGAUACCGCGCAGUUUAGGAAACAAGUGGAGACUUCACUGCAUACGCUUGAAGCUAGCAUUAAGUUGCAAAAACAAGAAACACCAAAGGUAAAGACAGAACUGGGCCAGGACUUGAGCGAGGACUUCCCUGAAGGAGCGGAUUUUGAUGACGAGGAUGACGUUUUUCUAAAAGACAUCGCAGUCAAAAAGGAACCCGCAGAGGAAAAAAGACCACGAAAGAAGUAUCUGACAAUAAAAAUUAAAAAAACAAAAUCAAAACAGGAGUCCAUCAAUAUUGAAACGGAAAAAAUGUUAGAACUAGGCCUGUUCCCAUUUAAGAUUCGAAAAAACCGCACAUUCUCUUGUUCACUGUGCCCUGAAAAAUCUAACAACCUGGACGACAUCAAAACGCAUAUUAAGGACCAUAGUAACUUUAACAUACAUAUGGCGUUCAAAAAAAUGGCCUACUCUAGCUAUUCCCAACGAUUUUAUAAAGUGAAAAAUGUCCUACGAUGUCGGCUCUGCACGACAGAUGUAAAAAACUACGACGAAUUAAAGCAACACCUCGAUAACUGUAGCAGACUCAAGCACUGUGCGUGGAGCAACUUACCGUUUAAGCUGGAGAAAGAUCAAUUAGAUUGUCCGGUUUGCAAAAAGACCUUUUUGAAUUUUGUCAAUUUGAACACGCAUAUGAACACGCAUUAUCCUAAUUUCAUAUGCGAAAGCUGCGGCAAAGCUUUCGCGUCAAAAGCUCGUUUGCGUGGUCACAUGAGAACGCACGAGAUAGGGAAUUUUCCUUGUAAAUAUUGCGACGCUGUGUUCGAUAGGGUAACUAAAAGGGAAAAUCAUGUGUCCAAAGAACACAAGGCUGGUGUCAGAUAUGUUUGCAAGAGAUGCAAUAUAAGUUUAUCCUCCUUCUAUGCCAGACAGAAACAUUUAGCUGAAAUUCAUAAUGAAGAACUUAAAAGGUACAAGUGUAGUGCAUGCCCUCAGAGUUAUAUAACUCCAGGGCAUCUCUCCAGUCACGUUAGAAGAGAUCACUUGAAUGAACGGAACCAUAAGUGUGACAAGUGUGACCUCGCUUUUUACACACGUAAUGCAUUGAAAAUGCAUAUGAUAAAACACGACGGCGAACGUAUACAUACCUGUAAUGUAUGCCAAAAGUCUUAUCAAAGGAAAAAAACGUUAAGAGAACACUUAAGAAUACAUAACAAUGAUAAAAGGUUCAUUUGUCCAGUCUGUGGCAGGGCGUUUACGCAGAAAUGCACUUUAAAGGGACAUCUUAAGGUACAUGAAAGAAAAGUCGAACUGGAUGACCGUAUUAUGCAACCUUUACAAUCUAUUUAGGAGGAAAUAAGUAUUGUAUGUUGUAUGUUAUACGGUAUAGUCGCCGUGCCAAUAUUAAAAUAUUGUAAGUACACUUGUACAGUUCAUUUCUUAACUUAAAAAUAAUGCCAUACAUAAGACAGGCCAACAUCUCGGAAAUGUAACAUAUCACUUACCAACAUCUCGAAAAUGUAAUACAUUACAUACCAACAUCUCAGAAAUGUAAAACAUCACAUGCCAACAUCUCAGAAGGGAAAUACAUUACAUACCAACAUCUCAGAGAUGUAAAACAUCACAUGCCAACAUCUCAGAAGGUAAAUACAUUACGUACCAACAUCUCAGAAAGUCUAUAAAUCACAUGCCAUCACCUCGGUAACAUCUCAUGCAUUACAUUACAUGUCUAUCACGAAGCUAUAUUAAUGCAGACAUGCCUAGAUAUCCUAGUUCAAAUAUAUUUUUUUAUCAAUGAGAUUUGCAACAGUGUCUCUAGAUGAGUCCAGGUGCAUUAAUUAUAUUAUAAAUUAACGAGCUAUGGCGUUUUUACGCUCUAUUUGCCAGCCUAUAUUAUAAAUUGUAGAUUCAUUUUAUUCUAUUGAUAUUAAAAGAUUUCUUCCACUGAACAUAGAAUAAUUACGAGUAUAUCUUCCAAGGAACCGUAGAACUUACUAGGUACUUAAAAUCAGAAAUAAUGGCAUGUUUCUGUUUUUUAAAUUAGCUUAUCGAAGAAACAAAUUGUCAAUAAUAAUUGUAACUUUUUUAUUAAAAAACA